GAUCCACCAACGGAACUCUCGAACGACGAGAUCCGGAUCUGGCGCGAUCGCGUCCACAACAAUGCUGAGGAAUUCUACAACAUGUGCAUGUCUCACAAGCUCAAGCCCGCCGUCGACCGCCUGUGUCAUUAUUCCUCCUGGAUCACCCCACCCGUGGAACCAAAGCGCUUCCGUACACAGUUCUAUCUUACGGUCCUUCCCUGGUCCAGAGACUCCUUCUCGGAUGAGCGUGUUUUUGCGGACGGAAAGGAGACCACGCGACUGGAUUGGUUCACGCCUGAGGAGGCCAUGGAGGCCUAUCGCGCCUCUCAAAUCCAGAUCUUCAUGCCUCCGCAAUUUGUGUCGAUCGCACAUCUGUUACCCGUCAAGCGACACGAGGACCUGCUGGACCAUUUUAAGGAGCGGGAGAUCCUCACGAUCAUGCCAGAGUUCAAGCUGGAGUCGCAGGAUGAACUGGGGCUGCAUCUGACGGGUAUUCUCCCAGGCGACGAGGAGCAUUCCGAGCACAUCAAGAAGGGACAUAAACACCGCCUCCAUAUCACAAAGACUACGAAAGGCAUGAGCGUGCGUAAAUACAUCCAUGGCCCCACUGAGGUCAAAGCUAGACUUUAG